CUAUUUUAGAUGGAUAACUAAUUCCCCACGUUGGCUAAUUAAAAGAGGAAAAAUUGAAAAAACGUUACAAAUUUUACUAGAAUCUGCAACAUAUAAUGCGAAAAAAAUUCCAUUGGAUUUAGAAGAUCAUCUUAUACAAUAUCAUGCUGAAAUACAAAAAACUAAUAAAUUAAAAUAUUUUCAAUUAUGGGAUGGUGAAACAAAACGUAGAGAAAUUUUUAUAGUACAUUGGGCUUGGGUAUGGUCAGUUGCAUUAUAUAAUGCAAUGAUUAUAAAUAUUCGUGCAUUCGGCGUAGAUCAUUUACAUUCUAAUACAGUAAUAUUAGGUUUUGCUGAAAUGCUUGGAAUAUUGGCUGGACUUUUAUUAAUUUUGUACACAAGAAGGCAUUGGUUAUGGGCUGGUUCUGUAUUUUCUAUUUCAGGAUUUAUAACACUUUUUAUAUGGCUGAUUCCAACAAACAUUAAAGAGCAUCGAAGAAUUGGAUUCGACAUGAUAUUUUGCAUUUGUUUAAAAAUGGCUAAUGCUAUGUCGAUGGCAAUUUUGACAACAUGUACAAAAGAAAUGGUGAAAUUAGAAAAACGUCCAAUAUUAAUGUUCUCUGUUACAACAUAUAGUCGAUUGUGGUUACUUUUUGCACCAUUUAUUACAGCUUUAUCGAUUAUUCACCAUUUAAUACCAAUAACAGUUUUUGCAUUCUUAGGCAUACUAGCUGGAUUAUUUAUGACAUUUUUAAAUAAUUCAUUUUGGGAUGAUGAUCAGCCGAAAAUAUUUGAUGUUCCAUCAACAGAAAUAUAUAGAAAAAAUUCUCAAAUAAUUAUUUCAAGACGACAAUCUAUAGUAUCGGAAGAACUGGACGAAAUGCCGUACGUUUCAAUAGCAAAUAUUUUAAGUUCGACAUGUGAUAUACCUGCCAUUGUUAAAAAUUAA